UUUCCGUAGCAGCCUGCAGUGUCUUCCGUCCUUCCCUGUGGGUUCCGGGAGCAGGACACAUCAACAGAGGUCCAUUAUGCUGUCAGUUCGCGUCGCAGCGUCUAUCGUCCGCAAUCUGCCUCAAAGGGCCAGAUUUGCAUCCAAGAACAUUGCUGCGGUUUGUGUCGGAGCCAAGACUCUGCACACGUCCCGCCCAUGGCUGCAGAAAACAGGCACAGCCGAGGUGUCGUCCAUUCUGGAGGAGAAGAUCCUUGGGGCCAACACCAGCGCUGAUUUGGAGGAGACUGGCCGCGUUCUGUCCAUCGGUGAUGGAAUCGCUCGAGUGUACGGUCUCAGGAACGUGCAGGCUGAGGAGAUGGUGGAGUUUUCCUCCGGUUUGAAGGGCAUGUCGCUGAACUUGGAGCCGGACAAUGUGGGCGUCGUGGUGUUUGGUAAUGACAAGCUGAUCAAAGAGGGCGAUAUUGUCAAAAGAACCGGUGCUAUUGUAGAUGUUCCCGUGGGGGAGGAGCUGCUGGGGAGGGUCGUUGAUGCUUUGGGGAACGCCAUUGAUGGAAAGGGCCCUCUCGGCUCCAAAGUCCGCAGGCGCGUGGGUCUAAAGGCCCCCGGGAUCAUCCCCCGUAUCUCUGUGAGGGAGCCCAUGCAGACGGGGAUCAAAGCCGUGGACAGUUUGGUUCCCAUAGGUCGAGGCCAGCGUGAGCUCAUCAUCGGAGACAGACAGACUGGUAAAACUGCCAUCGCCAUCGACACGAUCAUCAACCAGAAGCGCUUCAACGAAGGAACCGACGAGAAGAAGAAGCUGUACUGCAUCUAUGUGGCCAUCGGCCAGAAGAGGUCCACGGUGGCUCAGCUGGUGAAGAGGCUGACCGACACCGAUGCCAUGAAGUACACCAUCGUGGUGUCUGCCACUGCGUCCGAUGCUGCGCCGCUGCAGUACCUGGCUCCCUACUCUGGCUGCUCCAUGGGGGAGUAUUUCAGAGACAACGGCAAACACGCGCUCAUCAUCUACGAUGAUCUCUCCAAGCAGGCUGUGGCCUAUCGUCAGAUGUCUCUGUUGCUCCGCCGUCCACCCGGCCGCGAGGCUUACCCUGGAGACGUCUUCUACCUGCAUUCUCGUCUGCUGGAAAGAGCUGCUAAGAUGAACGACAACUUUGGCGGGGGUUCCCUCACUGCUCUUCCUGUUAUUGAGACGCAGGCUGGCGAUGUGUCAGCCUACAUUCCCACCAACGUCAUCUCCAUCACUGACGGACAGAUCUUCUUGGAGACCGAGCUCUUCUACAAAGGAAUUCGUCCAGCCAUCAAUGUGGGUCUGUCUGUGUCCCGCGUGGGCUCUGCUGCCCAGACCCGGGCCAUGAAGCAGGUGGCCGGUACCAUGAAGCUGGAGCUGGCUCAGUACCGUGAGGUGGCUGCUUUUGCUCAGUUUGGCUCCGAUCUGGACGCCGCCACUCAACAGCUGCUGAACCGAGGCGUCCGUCUGACAGAGCUUCUGAAACAGGGCCAAUACUGUCCUAUGGCCAUUGAGGAGCAGGUCGCAGUCAUUUAUGCGGGGGUGAGGGGACAUCUGGACAAAAUGGAGCCAAGCAAGAUCACAAAGUUUGAGAAGGCGUUCUUGCAGCACAUUUUGAGUCAGCACCAAGACCUGCUGGCAGCUAUUAAGGCUGACGGUAAAAUCUCGGAGGCGUCAGACGCGAAGUUGAAGCAGGUCGUGUUGAAUUUCCUCUCCAGCUUUGAGUAAAGAGCCUCAUGUUCUAAUUGAUCUCAGUUUCAGUUGUCAAUUCCAUGAAAUGUUGAAAAGCACCUCAUGAUCUUUAAUGUAUAAACAUCCCUGAACAGAAAAUAAACUAUUCCAUCUGAA